AUGGGCCGCUCAUCUCUGUCCAAGGCCACCCGGCCCAAGGCAGAUGCCCGCUUCAUCCGAAUAGGGCCCAACGGCUCAUUUCCAGAGGAACUCAUCGGUCUGCUGGCGUCUCUGCCUGAUCCAGGGCAUACCGGAGCUCCCGAAUCCGGUGAUACCGAGGAGCCUCCCAGGAAGCGGGCUCGUGUUGAAGGGCAGCUAGACGCUGUCACAGUGGGCAAGAGCAGCAUCGUGUUCGCGCAACGCUGCCCAGCCGGCGCUCGCCCGAUCGCUGCCUUUCAGUGCCCCGACAUCUCGCGCCUUCUCAGAGUACAGGCUGACAUGGUAGAUGAAGGCCAGUUCCACAGCCUCAAAUCACUGACUCUGUCUACACUUUCGCGAAGCCCAUUUGGUCAGUUCACAUUUGAGAUUUUCCGUGGUCGCGGUGAUCGUCUGUCCGAGGAUCUGCAUAAUAUCCUAGACGUUCUGCGUCGCAAUCGGGAUUCUGUGGACUCUGAGGGCGCGAUCCGCAUCUCAAUACACGUCUCAUUUGAGAGGCUUGGGCCUAAGGAUACCUUGGCCUUGUCAUUCGAAGUGAAGUGGAACCAAUCGAGAAACAUGUUCAAAGGCCUCAGAAACAAGCAGCAGCGAAAGAUCUCAGAUAUCAUACAGGACCGAUUCGUUCCGAACCUCACAAGUAUCGCCAAUGAAGUUGAAACUACUGCCUUGACCCCGCAAGCUUUCUACGAGGCCGCAUACAUGACCGACGAAACGUACACCGGUCUGAGGCACGUAGAGGUCCCGAACCUGGAAGCAUCCUUGUAUCCUUUCCAGCGAAGGGCAUUGAAAUGGCUACUACAGCGAGAGGGUGUCCGCUGGGCGGCACGCCCAGGUGAGGCGCCUGGUAUCGAGCCUUGUCCAGUCGAAGAUACGUCUACCCUUCCUCUAUCAUUCAGAGAGGUUCAGGAUUUCGACGGCAACACCUUCUACCACAGCGAGUUAUUCCACGUCGUCACCACAGAUGUCGGACCAUGGCGUGAUCUUGAGUCGACGCUGAAAGGUGGUAUACUUGCCGAGGAGAUGGGUUUGGGCAAAACUGUCGAAACCAUAUCGCUCAUCCUGUUCCAUCGACGAUCCGCCGAAUCCCAAAUCAUUCACGACUAUUUUACAAACACAUGGGUGAAGCCUACGGGUGCGACGCUCAUUGUGACCCCAGAGACCUUGAAAAGGCAGUGGGUUAGCGAGUUUACCAAGCAUGCACCGGCCUUGCGUGUAAUGGUCUACGAAGGCCGAAAAAGCCACAAGCAGACCGAAGACGAGUUGACCGCCCUGAUGUGCGAACACGACGUCGUGGUCACCACCUACAAUGUCUUGCGUACCGAGAUCCACUUUGCGCGACCUGAGCCGGACAGGUCGAGGCGCCAUGAGCGACAGCAACCGCGAGCUUCAUCGCCACUCGUGAAACUAUCCUGGUGGCGCGUCUGUCUUGAUGAAGCGCAGCAGAUCGAGAGUGGUGUCAGUGCGGCUGCCGAAGUCGCCAGAUUGGUCCCCAGAAUCAAUGCUUGGGGCAUCACUGGAACACCGGUAAAAGAGAAGAUCAAGGAUCUUUGGGGUCUCCUGCUCUUCCUCCGAUACGAGCCGUUUGCCUCGUAUCCUGUCAUAUGGGAUGCACUCGUUUCCGGCCACCCGCCCAUCUUUGCAGACCUCUUCAAGCGCCUUGCCUUGAGGCACACAAAGCAUGCUGUUCGCCACGAGCUCGUCCUGCCCCCUCAGAAACGAUACGUCAUCACGAUGCCUUUUACUGCAGUCGAGGAACAGCACUAUAGGACUUGUUUCAAAGAUGCCGUCGAGGAAGCCAAGCUGGAUACAGCAGGCAAGCCACUCUCCACCCCUGACAUGUGGGAGAUCUCAACCCCCAACGCUGUUGACGCUAUGAGGCGGGCUUUGGUAUCUCUCAGACAGACAGUGCUCCAUCCUCAGUUGGGCCCACGAAAAGGUCGACCACUUGGUCAAGCUGCCAAGGCCCUCAAGACCAUUGACGAGGUUCUCGAUGCCAUGAUUGAACACACCGACAACUUGAUUAGGACGAACCAAAGAUCGCGCCUCACUGCCAAAUUGGUGAGAGGGCAGCUGCUGGAGAACUCACCCAGAGUCCGUGAGGCUUUGGCCAUCUGGGAAGAGGCCUUGAAAGACAUCGACGAUCUUGUGACUGAGUGUCGCGAGGAUCUCCGUGUAGAGGUCGAGAAUGCUGGUCCGGCCGCACCGAGGCAGCCAGUUGUCAAAGAAGACAGCGAGUCCGAGAACGAAGAAGACGAGGAAGAUGUCCCUGCUCGUGUGGGUGAGGCGCGUCGAAGAUUACGCGGCUUUCUGGAUUUGAAACACCGAGCUGUCUUCUUCAUCGCCAGUGCUUAUUACCAAAUCAAAUCCAAUGAGGAUAUGACCGAGCCGGAGUCGGAGGAGUUCAAGAGGCUGGAGCAGCUGGAGGUCGAAGGCUAUGACAAGGCCAAGGAGAUCCGAAACGAGAUUCUCCAAGAGAUACACACAAAAGCCGCGGGGUAUAUGACCGAGCUAUCUAAGAGAGCCGGCUCGCAGAACUUUGCGGACAUCCCAGAGUUUGUGUGCGAUCUCAAACCCGGGCUCGAAACUAGAUCGGUGCAAGAAAAGUUCGUGCAGCUCGGUGAGGCGCUGAACGACCAAGCCAACGUUGUGGACGAGUGGCGAGAGGCAGUUAUCCAGCUCCUUCUCAAACCUUUGGUGGACCAAGAGGAGGAUGAGAUUACUGGAGAGGAGUACGAGAACUCGACAAAGAUUCAAGGUGAUCUUAUGGUGUACACGACGAUGCUACGGGCCGCCAUAUCUGAUCGACAAGAUGCCCUGAGCGGCCUUACCAACGAACGUAUCAGACACGAGAUCAAGACAUACGAGCUACAAGCCAAGGACGACGAAGGCCCAUCCCCAGAGAAGCUGCUAGCGCUCCUCGAGGCACGUGAGGAGGUCAACCCGACGGCGUUACAGGUAUCUCUUCGAGGUAUCAUCUCAGAGCUACGAGAGCUAGCCACAAAGCUCCGAGGCGACGGCGACACCCUUCGUACCAGAGCUGAAUCGCAUAUCGUUGAUGCUCUGCUCAAGCUUGUGCAACAUGAGAUUACGGCUCAGGAAAAGGCCAAUGGCAAGCUGGAGCGAGAACUAGCUCUUUUCACGUCGGCAAUGAAUGCACGUGUCGAAUACUACCGGCAGCUGCAAGCGGUCUCGGAUACCGUCGCCCCUUAUGAGUUCAUGGAAGGCGAGGACCGCGCCAAGACCUACGAUCUCCGACUCCGAGACGAAAGCCAAUAUGACCGAGUCAUCCAGACUGCGAUAGCAUCGCAGCGCUACCAGGUCCAUCUCAAGAACCAAGGUCACGAGUGGAGCAAGAAGACGUGCCCGAUUUGCACGGAUGAGUAUACCGUCGGGGUGCUCACGCCCUGCACGCACGAGUUCUGCCGAGACUGCCUCUACCAGUGGGUAAGGGCCCAUAGGAAGUGCCCUAUCUGCAAAACAGUCAUCUCCAUGAAUAAUUGCCACGACAUCGUGGUCAAGAAGCCUGAGCUCAGGCUGCACCAGAACGACGAUAACAAUAACCAAGAAGGACCGGCAGGCAACAGUCCACGAUCACAGCACAAAACCCGCACACGUGGUAUCUUCGAGGAUUUGAAUGCGGCCACACUCAAGGAGAUCCGGGAUGUGCCGCUCGAAGGGCCUGCGCUGCCGACCAAGGUUGACGCACUUGUCCGGCACGUCAUCUGGCUGCGGCAGGCCGAUCCCGGCGCCAAGUCGGUCAUCUUCUCACAGUUCAGCGGGUUUCUGGAUAUCCUCAAACGGGCGUUUGACCGCUUCCAGGUCGGGUACUCCUCGUUUGCCACCAAGGACGGCAUCGCCCGAUUCAAGGAGGACCCUGCCGUGGAGUGCUUCCUCAUGGACGCGAGAGCGCACGCCAGCGGGUUGAACCUCGUCAACGCCAACCACGUCCUCCUCUGCGAGCCCGUGCUCAACACGGCCCUCGAGCUGCAGGCCAUCGCCCGGGUGGACCGCAUCGGGCAGGAGCACCAGACUAACGUCUGGCUGUACCUCGUCGAGGGCACCGUGGAGGAGUCCAUCCACAACCUGUCGGUUAAGCGCCGGCUCGAGCACAUGGCGGACGCCACCAAGGGCACCAAGGGCAAGGGAAAGGGCACCUCCACCCCGGACAUCUCCGAGGACAACCUAGCCGUGGCCAACUCGCUGGAGCUGCAGCAGGCCAACCUGCCCAAGCUCAUGGACAAGGACACCCGCCUCGGCGAGGUCGUCCACCAGAACGACCUCUGGGCCUGUCUGUUCGGCCACCUGGAGCGGGAGAGCGAGGCGCAGCGCGCCGCCGCCGCCGCCGACUCCCGUUUCGAAGACCGCGCUGUGGUUAGCUUCCUGGCCGGGCGGGCGGCCGACGAGCGACGGGAUGCCGAGGCAAGAAUCGUCGCGGAGCAGGAGCGCGUCGAGCUCGAGGAGAGGCGCGCCGCUGAGUUCAGACGCGAAGAUGAGAGAGAGUGGGUAGAUGCCCUGGCUGCGGCUGGAGAGCUGGAUGUACCGGAUGAGGCUGAAGAUGCUGGUUCGGAUGGAAUGUAG